AUAUUCAAUCAUGCCUCCCAAGAAGUCUACCAGCGCGUCCAAGAAGGCCGCACCUGCUGUCCACACCUCUUACCGUGAUAUGAUCAAGGAUGCCAUUGUGAACCUCAAGGAGCGCAAUGGUAGCAGUCGCCAGGCGAUCAAGAAGUACGUCUCGGCCAAUAACGACAUUCAUGUUAUGUCUCCGGGUAUUUUUGAUGCUCAGUUCAACAAGGCCAUCAAAGGCGGCGUUGAGAAGGGUGAAUUCACUCAGCCCAAGGGUUCUUCUGGCCCAGUGAAGCUUGCUAAGAAGGAGCCUGCAACCAAGGCCGCUGCUAAGCCCGCAGCCAAGCCCGCUGCUAAGCCAGCUGCUAAGACUGCUACUAAGACUGCUGCUAAGACUGCUGCGAAGCCCGCAGCUAAGGCUGCCAAGGCCACCAAAGCCACCACCAAGAAGGCUGCCCCCAAGACAGCUGCUAAGACAGCUGCCACCAAGAAGACUACUACCAAGACCACUGCCAAGAAGACAGCUGCUAAGCCCAAGGCUAACUCUGGCAAGGUCCGCAAGACCCCCGUUUCCGCUCCUGCUAUCGUUGAGAAGCCCAAGGUUCUGAGCACGACCAAGUCUGGCCGUGUUACUAAGACCACUGCCCCUGCUCCGUCGGCCCAAAAAGGCCGGGCAGCCCCCAAGAAGCGGGUUACCAAGAAAUAG